GCCACACACCAUCCAGGAGAGUGUCACCGCAAACUCACCCAAUGUCCGAGAAUCUAGAGAAAAAACUCGAGGAAACUCGCCUCAACCCUGCGGCGGAUACGCCCAGUCCGAGCGGUCAGGCAUCGCCUCCUCCUGCAACGGAGUCCUCCUUGCCUCCGCCAGACGACGAUGCAAUUGUUUCAUCUGAGAUCAUUUCCUUGCGGCCGCCCAGUCCGCCCGGACCCGGAAUUUUGACCGUUACGCUCUCUUUCGCUCGUGGCCUGAGCAUAGACGAGACACCUGAGCUGAUACGUUUUCACGAACCGGAUGUGCGCAAGCGUUGGCUGAUUUACGCGAUCUUGGAAUGUGAAAGGGCCCAAGUCUCCUCCGAGGCCAUGUCCUAUUCGUGCAUAAGGGGGAAAACAAGCGUUUUUUGGCCAGGAGCCACAAACAUGCCAUGGGCGGAGAGGAGCUCAACGUUCAAAUUUGACGUCUCUGCGCCUUCUGAGCUGACAGUGUACCUGUUUGACAGGAAGUUUGAUGCUCUGACGGGACCCCAAGUCACAUCCCUUGGGUUGAUCAAGUUGAACCCUUUUCUGGAAACCUGGGUUCAGGGUGAGCAGUGGGUAGAUGUCCAAGACGGUACCGGGAGAGUGAAUCUCGAGGUUUCCUACCUGGAGAAGAAGGUACUGCCUCUGGAGGACUCGGAUGUGUGGAGGGUCUGCCGAGAGGUUCGUUUCGGUGACCUCGUCCGCGUCGAAAAGAGCGACACCGAUCGAGCCUUUGCUAUGAAGACCAUACGCACGCCUGAUACCAUGCCUAGUUCUGAGACAGUCCACCACCUCUGCUCCGCAUUCCCGAUCAAACACCCCUUCAUCGCGCCGCUCGAAUUUGUCUUCAAGUCGCCUAAGGGGCUAAGCCUCCUUUCACCACUAGCCAGUGGCGGACACCUUUUUUCUCACCUUCAAAGAAAGCGACGUUUUGAAGUCGACAGGGCCAGAAUUCACUCUGCGGAGCUCACUUGCGCAUUAGAAUACCUCCAUGGCAGGCAUAUUAUUCUGGCCUGUCUGAAGCCAGAGAAUAUUGCCUUGGAUUCAUUGGGCCGCGUCAGUCUCUGCAACCCUGGUCUUUUCGGACUAGAGAAGAAGGACGGGGAUCGAGUUGUGCCUGGCAAGACGGAGAUCCCUGCCCCCGAACUCCUUCUUGGCCAGGAGGCGUCUGAGGCGGUGGACUGGUGGAGCUUGGGGGUUCUUCUCUACGAGAUGCUGACCGGGAUACCUCCGUUCUACCACGAGGACGUCAAGGAGCAACGGCGGCGGAUCAUCGACCAAGCCCUUCAGCUCCCUGAGGGACUCCCGACUGCCGCUAGGGAUAUCUUAAUCAAGCUUCUUGACAAAGACCCCGCAAGACGCUUGGGGACAAAUGGAGCCUCGGAGCUCAAAGCCCACAAAUUCUUCCACGAUGUGAAUUGGCUCGACCUCACGCAGCCGAGGCGUGAAGCCCUCUUCGAGCCCAGCCAGGCUGUAACAGUCUUUAGAGUUGAACCGGACGAACCCCGGGACUCAAGGUUGUACCACGAGACAGGAGUGCAACGAGUGUCUGAAGGAGUCGUGGAAAAGCAAAUAUACUGGGAUGCAUUUCGAGUCAAAUUCUGGUACCCGGUUAAAGACAAAGAUGACGAAAACGCUCCAGACGAGACUUCAUCGAGACUCGAGGACGAUGAAUGGGAAUUGGUAUGGGAGCCGACAUCUCAAGAAUUCCAUUUCAACAAUUGCCUCAUCAGCGAGCAACGCCCAAUCGGUACAGACUGUCGGCCUGCGUACACGCCAUUCGCAGAUGAAUACACUCCUACUGUCCACGAUGAUUACGAUCUAGCGAUCCAGAGCCCGCGUCCCAGUCAAAGCCAGAAGAAGGACGCACUCAAGGCUGCAUUGAAAGCUGGAUAUGGCAACCGUGUAGUAUUGCAAAUUCUCGAAUAUGAUGUUGACUUGGACGACGCGAUUCUUGAACGCGUUGAAGGUGGUGGUGGGCCAUGGUACCUUCCGACAGGUCUUAGUAACUUCCACGUUAUCUGGCUAACACCACUGGAAUGGGUCGUGGACAAUGGCAAUGCCGAGCUCGUCGAGUUGUUCCUGGAAAAGGGCGUGGACGCAAACUUUUCCACCUUCCCGAGAGAAGGACCUGCUCUAAUCAAGGCAGUCAAGAAAAGGAACCAAAAGCUCAUCGAGAUGCUCCUGCCGAGAUCCAACCGAGUCAACUCGACAAGGGCGCUUUGCCACGCGGUGGAACAGCAGGACAAUGCAAUUACGACUACCCUACUAACAAAUGGCGUCCUCCCUGACUUUGAAGAAUCAGACCGACCCCGGCCCCCCAUCCUGACUUACGGCGGCGGCGGCUGUAUCCACCUGCCGCUCAAUCAAGGACCACGUCUCAAGGCAGAAGACUUCACACCUCCUCUCGUCCGGGCAGCUCGACUAGGCAAUGCGAGUCUAGUACAGUUACUGCUUGAAAAUGGCGCUAAUGUCAACGCCGCUUACCACGUCCUUGACAUUCCCGAUUGGCGCAUGCCCUGGGAAGAGCCGAUGGCGCCGAUCCAAUUCUCCUGCGGAAGGGCCGUACAGUUAGCAAAGGAGCUGGGGCAUUCCGAGGUAGUGCAAUUGCUCCUCGACGGCGGUGCAGAUGUCAGUCUGGCACCACCGGUCUGGCCCGUGCCGGGUCACACAUGUCCAUUGAUUCCAAGGUCUGUGUAUCUCAGGGUAACAGUAGGCCUGGAGGAAUUGGCCGCGGCGAGAAGAGAGGGCAAAGUGGCUACCUAGGAGUUAGGGCACGGUUUAGAAAGCGGGAGGGGGACCGAUGAACGUCGUUUUUUCUGCUCUUCUCCCCAUUCUUGCGAGUGGACCAUGAGUAAUAGCGAUUGUGGUUUCGUAGUAGAAGGAUGUUUCGCAGGAUAUAAAGACGGCUGGCACUGAUCGUUUCUUUCCGUCUCCUGAGACUAUGAAUCCUAACUCUCUUUGCUUCCUACUGUUUCCUAUUUGGACAGAAUUCUACUCACCAAUAUACCCCUGACCCGAGAUCACAAUGGAAUCGCUGCGCUGCUCUUGGAGUACGUCCCCGAGAACGACUUCCACGGAUUCUCAAUGGCGUCCCCAGGCGGCCAAGUUCUGUAAACGACGCCAGGCACAGGCCAAGAAGCAAGGAUGGCGAUCGGAGAAGUCCCACAGCCUCCUUAUCGCGGACUUCAAGAUCGGCUGCAAGUGCCGCUUUUUCAAGGUGGCGAGGUGGCGGGUAGAGGAUGGAC